AGCUUGGGUUUGGUUGGGCAGAAGUAAUCAUGAUGGGAACUUGGGAGAACUAUAUAUACAAGGUUAACGAUGUUAUCUAUUAUAUGCGACGGCCAUGUCAACGGUCUAGCUUUAUUCUUACCAUUGGUCUUUUUCCGCCAAGGCUGUGGUUGGCGCUCAUAUGCAGCGAUUGCGGUGCACCUCCCUGUGACAUGAUCUGGUCGAGAUUUGGGAUCAACGCCAUGAAUGCUGCUUGUACGCUAUGCACACAACUUGCAGCGCUUGUGCCCACAGACAUUAUUGACGGACUUGUUGGCGCAUGCGGUGUCUACGGAUGUUUGAAACAGUUAAUACAUAUGAAAGCGGAACAGUAACAAUUGACAAAGAUGUUUAUACCUGCUGUAUGGUGGAUGGCGCCAGGUUCUGCAAAUUGACAACAACAAAUGGAUAGUACAAUAUGAUAAUGUCAAAAUAAACAUAAAGGAUAAUAAAACAUACCUCCACCUGUGCUUGACAGUAGUAACAGAGCUGGACGUUGCUACCAUAUUCACUACAAGUUUUUGUUUCA